AUGAACGAGAAUUCAGAAGAUAUAUAUAAAACUAACCAAGCCUUAUUUACUUUAGUUAAAUUAUUACAACAUUAUGCUAAUACUUUUAGAAACGUUGAUCUCUUAAUUAAUUAUGAAGGACGAUUUUACAUAUCUAAUAAUUCCGGUGAAUUUGAUCCUAAUUUAACAAAAAUAGGUAUUUAUAUUUCAAAGGAGUGUGGUAUGUCUUUUAAUUUUGAGUUUAGUGAAUAUAUAAACAAUUUUGUUGAAGAUCAAGAUGAUGAAAUUAUUUUAAAAUUAUCAUUUGUCAAUCAUAACUUAAAUUCAGAGAAUAUAGAGGAAGUACAAGAUAAGUAUUAUAAUAAAAUAAUGAGGGCAACUAAAGGCGGUAAAUUAAUAUACGAUAGAUAUGUCAAGCUUAAUAGAGCUUGA